AUGAGUGACAACAUUAUACAACAUCGUUCGACAUUAGAAAUAUUUCCUGAUGAACUUUUUUAUGAACUUUUUGAAUAUAUUCCUUUAAAUGAUUUAUAUCGAAUAUUUUUUGGUCUUAAUAAACGUAUUAAUAUUAUUCUAAAAAAUUUAUCAAAUCUAUUCGCUGAAUGGACAACACAUAAUGAUGAUAAAAUAAUUGAUAUAUUUUCAACAUCUAUUAGUCGACUUGUUAUUUGGCGUGGUGGUUAUUUAAAUUUAAAUCGUUUUAUUAAACUUCGUUCAUUAAAAUUAGCUUUACCAACAAUUGAACAAUGUAAUGAAAUUCAAUCAUCAUUAAUACUUGAACAUUUACAUAUUGAAUCAACAAUUAAUAAACGUAAAAUUAGUGAACAAUUAUCUUUAUUAUUUUUAACAAAUUCAUUUCCACGUCUUCGUACAUGUCAAAUUGAUGAAAUACAAUUUGAUAAAAAUAUUUUUCAUAUUAAACCAACACUUCUUUCAUUAAUUACAUAUACACAAAAUCCAGGACGAUUACUUUCAUUAUGUUCUAAUUUAAAAUAUUUACGUUUAAAUUUAAAAGAUAAUAUUAAUGAAUUUUCAUCAUUUGAUAUUCAUUUAAAUCUUCGUUAUCUUCAAAUUGGUAUUUAUUCAAUUGAAAUAAAUCUUUCAACAAUUGAAACAAUACUUUCAUUAACACCAAAUUUAAUUCGAUUUAAAUUUGAUGGUCCAUGUAUUCCACCAUCACAAAAUAAAUUAGAUAUUUAUUCAUUAGCAUCUGUAUUUACACGUUUUUUAACAAAAUUAUGUUUUAUUCAUAUUAGUCUUCCUUUAAAUGAUAAUCAAUCAGAUUCAAAAGAAUUUGAAAAUGAAAAAGAAUCAUUAAAAAAACUUCAUCCACUUUUUAAUUAUAUUAUAUUUCGUCCACGAUCAUUUUAUGCACCUGGUCGAUUACUUAUUUCAUCAAUAAAUGAUAGUAAAACAUAG